AUGCCACUUGUAGUCAUAGAAGUGUUUGGUGUGGGGUGGUUGUGCUAUGUGUGAUUGUGCUAUGGCUUCAAUGCUAUGAUAUUGAUUGUAUAAUCUUUCCAAUUUUUCCUCAACAUUUACCCUUAAUUUUGUGUCACCGACUCACGGUUAUACUGCCUUGAUUUUGUACUAUGUUUUUUUGUUUGUUUUGUUUUUCUAAUAUACAAGACAGAGAAUGAGUGCUAUCCCAAAAGAAACUCAACCCCUACCCCGGUUUCUGUAAAAUUGAUUUAAACGCUUCUUCCAUCAAAAUAUUUUACUUGAAUGAAACGAUUCGAGUCUCUUUCAGCAUAACUAAAAGUUUUGCAUUUGAAUCUAGUGGAGUUUCGAAUAAUUAGUGUCGGCUAAUCGCGAAUCGAUUGGUUUUAAAACACACACUAUCAGGAACCACACCCAGAGGAUGUCGGGUUUAUAACUCAAACAAAAUCUUUAGUGUCCUGUUAUUCUUCGUUACCUGUCUUAGACGGCAUUCAGCUUUCUCAUAUAUGUCUAUUUCAUUUCAUAUUCUCUCUUCAUUACUUUCAUGUCCAUACAUCAAAUUCACCAUGAAGUCCAAAGACUUUGAAUGCAGUAUCAAAUUCACAUGUCUUACCAAAAAGACUAUUGCACCUAUGGUUUACUUGUCCUACUUUUCAGUCACAUGAUUCCUGCCUAAACAAUGGUAAUGGAAAAUUAACUUUGAGAUUUUGUGGUUGAGCUCUUAAAUCUAAUCUUUUCCAAAUAGUGUUUUUUUACACUUGUAUAUAAGUUUUCUUGCAGGGUAAAACUUAAUCUAUAGAGCAAUGGUUUCUGUUAAAUCAAGAUCUGUAAGGUUUCAUGAUGAUCUUGAAAAAGAGAAACUAAAGGAAGUUGAAGAAAAUCAAAUGGAAAUGACGACGACGUAUGAGAUGAGUAAUCAGCACAAGCAUGUAAGGGAUGCAAAACCCAAGUCAUCAUCAAAUGUAAAAGAACUUUCAAGAGUGUUUUCUGAGGAUUAUGAUGCAGAAGAGAUUUUAAUACUAGAUCCUAGAGGACCUAGAGUGAAUUUAUGGAACAAAAUAUUCUUAGCAGCGUGUUUGAUAUCGUUGUUCGUGGAUCCACUUUUCUUUUACUUACCUGUUGCUAAGAAAGAAAAGUGCAUUGAUAUGUCACUUGGUCUUGAAGUUUCACUUACCAUAAUAAGGUCAUUGGUUGAUGCGUUUUACAUUGUUCAGAUUUAUGUUAAGUUUCAAACCGCUUAUAUUGCUCCCUCGUCCCGUGUUUCGGGUAGAGGCGAACUCAUUAUUGACUCGUCGAAGAUUGCAUCGAAUUAUCUUAGUAGAGACUUUUGGUUCGAUCUUGUUGCCGCACUACCACUUCCUCAGGUACUGAUUUGGGCUGUGAUUCCAAAUCUGAGAGGGUCCGAAAUGAUUGCGUCGAGGCAUAUAUUGCGCCUCGUGUCCAUUUUCCAGUACUUAUUGAGGUUGUAUCUUAUUUAUCCUCUAUCAUCUGUAAUCGUCAAGGCGAAUGGAGUAAUGAUGGAGAAAGCUUGGGCUGGUGCAGCUUAUAAUUUGACACUCUAUAUGCUUGCUAGUCAUGUUUUAGGAUCUACAUGGUACCUGUUAUCAAUUGAAAGACAAGAUGAAUGCUGGAAGAAAGCUUGUACGCUUGAAUUUUCACGUUGUCGGUAUCAUUAUCUUGAUUGUCGAAGCCUUGGUGAUCCGAAUAGGAAUUCUUGGCUUAGAUCAAGCAAUGUCUCGGGUCUAUGUGAUGAUAAUAGCGCCUUUUUUCAGUUUGGAAUUUUCGCCGAUGCUUUGACUUUGGAGAUAACUAGCUCGAAAUUUUUAAACAAAUACUAUUACUGUCUUUGGUGGGGAUUGAGGAAUUUAAGCUCUGCAGGACAGAAUCUCUUAACAAGUACACAUGUUGCAGAGAUAAAUUUUGCUGUGAUUGUUGCGAUUCUUGGAUUGGUGCUUUUUGCACUGCUCAUAGGCAAUAUGCAAACGUACCUUCAAUCGACCACUAUACGGCUGGAGGAGUGGAGAAUAAGAAGGACAGAUACAGAAAGAUGGAUGCAUCACAGGCAGCUCCCUCAUUACCUGAAGCAAAAUGUUCGACGACAUGACCAAUUCAGAUGGGUUGCUACUCGUGGUGUCGACGAAGAAGCUAUUCUUAGAGACCUUCCUGUUGAUCUACGACGUGAUAUUAAACGCCACCUUUGCCUUAAUCUAGUUAGACAAGUACCACUAUUUGAUCAGAUGGAUGACAGAAUGUUAGAUGCAAUAUGUGAAAGGCUGAAACCAACUCUAUGCAGUCCAGGAACUUGCAUAGUUCGCGAGUGCGACCCUGUCAACGAGAUGCUCUUCAUCGUUCGAGGGCGUCUAGAUUCUUGCACAACCAACGGUGGCAGAACUGGUUUCUUCAACACCUGCAGAAUAGGCUCGGGCGACUUCUGUGGCGAAGAGCUUUUACCAUGGGCCUUAGACCCUCGUCCGACCGUUGUACUUCCUACUUCAACUCGAACGGUGAAAGCCAUAACCGAAGUUGAAGCUUUCGCACUCAUUGCCGAGGAUUUAAAAUUUGUAGCAGCGCAAUUCCGCCGGUUACAUAGCAAACAACUGAGACAAACCUUUAGAUUCUAUUCACAUCAGUGGCGGACAUGGGCUGCAUGUUUUAUACAAGCGGCUUGGUUUCGGUAUAAAAGAAUGAAAGAGAUGAAUGAGGUUAAGGAAAAGGAGAAUCUUAUGAUGAUGGCAAAUGUGAAAUGUUAUGGACAUGAUGAUUCUCAGUAUUUUUCUGCACCUUUGCAGGCUCCAAUGGGAUCAAGUUAUUCAAUGUAUUCUGGAAAACUUGUAGGUAGUUUAAGGAAAGGUAGGAGUAUGAGAUAUGGGUCUGAACUUGAUCUUCUUGGUGCAUUAAGGAAGCCUCUUGAACCAGAUUUUAAUGAAGAUGGUGAUUAAAGAAAAUUAAGGAAUGAAAACUUGUUUGUAUGGAGAAGGUUUAUUAAUGAUUAGUGUUGUUAAUGUGUGUUAAUUAGGAUCAUUACUAGUGAACCAUGUGUUCUGGUUAUUAGUUUAAUUAGUUAUAGUAAUACUUUGUAACUAUGAUGAACUUUUAUUAAUUUUAGGCUCGGGUCAAGUAUCAAGGAUGGAAUUAUUGGAAAUGACAUAGGUAUGAAGUGAAAAUUUUCAUGAAUAAACCAUUUGACCACUCUUUUUGAGAGUUUUAUGUAAUAAAACACUGAUAUGACUUUAAAAAGUGUUUGGAAAUACAAGAUAUAUUCAAAGUAUUAUAUUAUAUUUGAGAUUUUUUUUAUACAUCUCUUACCUUUUUUAAGGGUAAAAUUUGUGUUUGAAUUCCUGAAUUCGGAAAUGUACUUAUGAAUGCAC